AUGGGAAACAUAGUCAAGAGAGGCAGUAGGGAGCUGGUCACGGACGGGGAAGAGGGCUCAUGUGGCGCGCUCCACGCCAAACUCUACGAGGCCAUCAUGAGAGAAGACUGCACUGCCAUCCAGGCACUCCUUCGAAGCCACCCCGUCAAUCAGCCCCUGACCGUUCUGGCCACCUCCACCAGCUGCAGAUUAGUGCUGACCCAGCAGACGCAGUCCAUCAUCCCCAUUCACCUGGCUGCUGAAUACCGCAAGGCUCAAAGUUUGCACUGUUUGUUAGAACAUGGCGCUGACCCAGAAGUAAGGGACACACGAGGCCUCACCACACUCCACCUGAUGCUGCUGUACUGGCCGAUCACCUCUACCGUGCAGACAAAGCCGGGGAACAGAAUCCAAAGGCUCCUCACAGACAUUCAGAAUAACGCCGUGACGUGCCUCCGCAUUCUGUGUGAGCACGGAGCUCAAGUGAACGCUCAGGUGAACAACGGAUACAAGCACUCGGCCCUCCACCUGGCCAUAAGAUGCGGGACCUAUCCAGUCCUCUCCAUUUUAGCCCAAAACGGUGCUCAGGUCAAUGCUAUUAAUGAAUGCAGCAUGACGCCCCUUCACAUGGCUGCAGAUAUACUGAAUAAGGAGAUGAUAGAGACGCUCAUUGCCUGUGGCGCACAUGUCAACUGCGCUAUCCCUUCCACGGGGAACACAGCCCUUAAGUUGGCAGUUUGCACCGCGUCCAGCAAAGCCGGCCGAGUGCUGGCAGCAGGGCUGGGCUGCAUCCGUCUGCUGCUGACUCACGGAGCCGAAGUCAAUGCCCAGGACCACAAGGGCCAAACAGCUAUCCACGAGGCAUGUUUUGCAGGCAGAGAGGCAGUAAUCAACCUCUUGCUUGAAUUUGAAGCCAACAUUAACAUCCUAACAAGAAACGGGGAAUCUCCCAUACACAUGUACCUCCAGCGGAGUUCCAAUAUAAGAGACACGGCACUUCUUGCCAAGUUGCUUUACCUCUCUUACCCUUUGAGACUGACCAAUAAUCAAGGAAUUCUACCUGCAGGACUCAUGCUACCAGAAUUCCACCUCUUAAGGGAAUCCCUAAUAAAAUUGUCUCAAAACCCGUUAUCCCUAGAGGAUAUCUGUAAAAGAAACAUCAUAAAUAUUUAUGGUGAGAAGUACAAACAACAUGUGAAGCACCUUCUCCCAGAGAAAAUAUGGAAUUCUGUAUAUGGGUAUUAUGACCUGACUUGUCUCUUGAAAUAAGACCUCAAUGUCACGGUGCCACAGGAUUUCAGCAACUCCGAUCACAUUUUCUGGCUAGACACAUACCCGGAAGAUACUUAAACCAUUGCCUUAUCCAUCCUGAAUGUACGAACUACUGGUUCUUAAACUUCUUCAAAAAAUAAAACUGAU